CUCGUACCUCCUGUCAUUCUUCCACGGUCGGCUGGUGGAGACACUGGGAAAAUAUUCUGUUUGACAACACGGGGAACACGGAAAAGAACCAGGACUUGCUGAAUGCAACGUUAACUAACAAGUGAAGAGACAAAGGAACAAGCCCGAGGAACGACACCCUCAUCAGAAUAGUACCACAGCUCAGAAUAACAACAUCGACAACAACAACAGCAACAGCAACAGCAACAGCAACAACAACAGGACAACAAUCCAACCUCCUCUUUCUCUUCGUCAUCAUCAUCCUCAUCAUCAUCCCCGCCAUCAUUAUGCUCACCAAAAGCUCUAUCAGCGCGGUCGGCAUCGCCCUGGUGCUAUGCACGUGCUUCUUGAGCGCACGGAGCGAAACCAAAGACGAGAAAUUCCAGCGUGUGAUGAUGUUCGUGGGCAAAGAGCUGUCUCCGUUCUGCCAGUACUUCGUGAACAAAUGCAAGGAAAAGUACAACGCCUCCAUAGAGCUGUUCAACCAGCGAGAGGUCUGCCAGCUCAUCCUGUACCGGAACCUGUACGGCUCGUCUCACGACUGUCUGGUCAACGCGGGGCCGUGCUCGGAGGAUGAGUACAGCAGGCUCAAAUACGAGUCGUGUGGCGGGGCUCACUUCUUGCACGCCAACUUAACAACCACUAUUGGUGUUGUCGUCAUCACAGCGUGUUGGCUCCUGAGGGGGGUGUGGCACAGGUGGAUGUGAAAAAAACAACAACAACCAUCAACGAGAAUAACGCAAUCUAUAGAGA